CGCGAGUGUUGUCAGUCGCCGUCGAGACGCGAACAUUGGUGGAUUGAACUUUUGGUUGGUGUGCAAAUUAAUCUUGUUUGCGGGAGUGUCUCGUAUAAAAUACGAGAUGGAAGUGCUUAGGAUUACCUUCCUGAUCCUUGGAGUUGUCUUUCUGCAGCAGUGUAGAGCAGAAUACUACGAAAAUGAUUAUUAUUCGGAAUAUGAAUGCAAUUGGCCCCUGCUGGAGCACGCGGUUCUUUCUGCAACAUCAGCUUUGAGGGAAAGAGGGCCCAAUAAUGCUCGUCUAGACGCUGGAACAUCGUGGACAGCAAAAAAUUCCGAUUUUGAUCAACAAUUGAUUAUUGAUUUGGGAAAUGUUAAAAAUGUAACGAGAAUUGCCAUCCAGGGUAGGCCACAUAGUACGGAGUAUGUGACUGAAUUUAGUAUCAGUUACGGAUCAAAUGGGCUCGAUUACACGGAUUUCAAGGAAGCUGGUGGAAAUACAAAGCUUUUCAAAGGGAACACUGAUGGUGAUAGUGUUCGACACAAUAUCUUCGAAGUUCCCAUCAUUGCUCAAUGGGUGAGGAUAAAUCCCACAAGGUGGAGAGAUAGAAUUUCCCUAAGAGCAGAACUCUACGGUUGUGAUUACUAUCCUGAAACAUUAUCCUUCAAUGGAACGAGUCUUGUGAAAUUGGACCUCAUGAGGGCACCAAUUGUGAGCUAUCGAGAAUCAAUAAGAUUCCGCUUUAAGACAUCCAAUCCCAUUGGGAUUCUCAUGUACUCCCGUGGUACGCAAGGAGACUAUUUGGCUGUUCAAAUACGCGACAAUCGCAUGGUGUUGAAUAUAAAUCUCGGUUCUGGUCUCAUGACGACACUCUCUGUGGGUAGUUUAUUGGAUGACAAUAUUUGGCAUGAUGUGGUCAUCUCGAGGAAUCGACGGGAUAUUGUCUUCUCAGUGGAUCGUGUGAUGACACAAGCAAAGAUUAAGGGAGAAUUCACGAGACUUGAUCUCAAUCGUGGGCUCUACAUUGGCGGUGUUCCGUAUCACCAAGAAGGCAUGGUUGUGCAUCAAAACUACACGGGAUGCAUUGAGAAUUUGUAUUUGAAUGCGAGUAAUUUCAUUCGAGAGCUCAAGGAAGCAAUCCACUACGGAGAAGCUCUGCGUUUUGACAAGAUUCAUACAAUGUACUCAUGCCCUGAGCCCCCGAUUAUGCCCGUAACCUUCCUCACAAGGGCUUCCUAUGCCAAAAUGCGUGGGUAUGAGGGGAUGAAGCAACUGAAUGUUUCCUUCUGGUUCCGCACGUUCGAGGAGAAAGGUGUACUGCUGUAUCAUGAAUUCAAUUCAAAGGGUUUCGUUAGGCUGUACCUGGAGGAAGGUGUUGUGAAGGUAGAUCUCAAAACUGAUGAUCAUCCACCGAUUAUUCUGCGUCCACACAAUCAACUCUUCAACGAUGGUCGAUGGCAUUCGCUUGUGCUGACAAUUGGACCAAAUAAAAUGGUUUUGGAUAUAAAUAGACGACCAGCAGAUACGGAGAGAUUAAUGUCAAUCCUAACUGGUGGAGUGUACUACAUUGGAGGCGGGGGCAAGGCAAGAGAUGGUUUUAUUGGAUGUAUGAGAAUGAUCUCCGUUGAUGGGAACUACAGGCUACCGACAGAUUGGAAGGAAGAGGAUUAUUGUUGCAAGAAUGAGAUGAUUUUCAAUGCAUGCCAAAUGACAGAUAGAUGCAAUCCGAAUCCCUGCAAACACGGCGGGGUGUGUCGUCAGAAUUCAAUGGAAUUCUUCUGUGAAUGCCAAAAUACAGGGUAUGCCGGAGCUGUGUGCCAUACAUCACUCAAUCCACUCUCGUGUCAGGCCUACAAGAAUGUCCAAUCAGUUCAUCAGAGGGCAAACAUCAAUAUCGACGUGGAUGGCAGUGGUCCCCUUAAACCCUUCCCCGUUACGUGUGAAUUCUAUUCAGAUGGUCGUGUCAUUACGGUGUUGAGUCACAGCCAGGAACAUUCAACCACAGUUGAUGGAUUCCAGGAACCCGGAAGCUAUCGUCAGGAUAUUAUCUAUGAAGCUGAUAUGCCGGAAAUUAUGGCACUUCUCAAUCGUUCCCACACAUGCUGGCAGAGACUCAGCUAUGCAUGUCGUUCGUCGAGAUUGAUGAAUUCCCCAUCGGAUGAACUGAAUUUCCAUCCCUACUCCUGGUGGGUUUCCCGACAAAAUGAAAGGAUGAACUACUGGGCUGGUGGAGUUCCCGGAUCACGAAGAUGCGAAUGCGGUGUUUGGGGAACGUGCUACGACCCGACAAAGUGGUGCAAUUGUGAUUCAAAUCACUACAAUUGGCUCGAAGAUAGUGGAGAAUUGCGCGAGAAGGAUCAUUUGCCGGUGAAGGCAUUGCAAUUUGGUGACACAGGGACGCCACUUGAUGAGAAAUUUGGCCGAUAUACCCUUGGGCCGUUAAUGUGUGAAGGUGAUGAUUUGUUCAACAACGUCGUUACAUUCCGUAUUACGGAUGCAACGAUAAAUCUCCCGCGAUUCGAUAUGGGGCAUUCGGGGGAUAUUUACUUGGAAUUCAGAACAACCAUUGAGAAUGCUGUGCUCUUCCACGCCAAAGGACCGACGGAUUAUAUAAAAUUGAGCAUAAUUGGUGGGAAGAAGUUGCAAUUCCAGUAUCAAGCUGGUAGUGGGCCACUUGGGGUGAAUGUUGAGACGAGCUAUCACUUGAAUGAUAACAAUUGGCAUUCGGUUAGUGUUGAGAGGAAUCGCAAGGAGGCUCGUCUUGUAGUUGAUGGGGCACUCAAGGCCGAAGUUAGGGAACCUCCGGGUCCAGUUCGUGCCAUCUACUUGACAUCAGAACUCGUUAUUGGAGCCUCGUAUGACUACCGUGAUGGCUAUGUUGGGUGCAUUAGGGCCCUACUACUCAAUGGGGAGCUUGUUGAUCUACGUCGUUAUGCCCGGAAUGGGCUUUACGGUGUCUCAACGGGCUGCAUGGGACGUUGUGAAUCAAGCCCCUGCCUCAAUAAUGGAACAUGCUUCGAACGCUACGACGGUUAUACGUGUGAUUGCCGUUGGAGUGCGUUCAAAGGACCAAUCUGUGCUGAUGAAAUUGGCGUUAAUCUUCGAUCGAGCUCAAUGAUUAAGUACGACUUCUUGGGUUCGUGGAGAUCAACAAUUCGCGAAAGUAUUCGUGUUGGUUUUACAACGACAAACCCCAAAGGAUUCCUCCUUGGUUUCUACUCAAAUUCAUCCAAAGAAUAUCUCACGAUUAUGGUGUCAAAUUCCGGACAUUUGCGUGUUGUAUUUGAUUUUGGCUUUGAAAGGCAGGAACUUAUAUUCCCAGAUAAGCAUUUUGGUCUUGGGCAGUACCAUGAUGUGAGAUUUUCAAGAAAGAAUUCUGGUGCGACUGUUGUACUAGAGGUGGAUAAUUAUGCAGCCCAAGAGUACAAUUUUGAUAUAAAAGAUUCAGCAGAUGCGCAAUUCAAUAACAUUGAGUAUAUGUAUAUAGGAAAGAAUGAAUCUAUGCCGGAUGGUUUUGUGGGGUGUGUAUCACGUGUGGAGUUCGAUGACAUCUACCCACUCAAAUUGCUCUUCCAGCAGAAUCCACCGGAAAAUGUGAAAUCACUAGGAACACCACUUACGGAAGAUUUUUGUGGUGUUGAACCAGUGACUCAUCCACCGAUUGAGAUUGAAACACGUCCACCGCCUGAAAUUGAUGAAGAUAAACUCAGACGUGCCUAUAAUCAAGUGGAUUCAGCUGUUCUAGGCAGUGUCCUUGCCAUACUUUUCCUACUCCUGCUCGUCAUGUUGAUUCUCAUUGGAAGGUAUUUGGCUCGUCACAAAGGUGAAUAUCUCACGCAAGAGGAUAAGGGGGCGGAUGCAGCUCUCGAUCCCGAUGAGGCUGUUGUCAAUGCAACCACAGGUCAUCAAGUGACCAAGAGGAAGGAAUGGUUCAUCUAAACAGAGAAACGUUCCGCAUGCAAAGCAUUUUUGUUUGUUGAAAAAGACCUCAGAGAAACCACAAAAAGAGCCUCUGUGAGAGACCAAUUCCUGACCUUCCUUGCGAGGAAGCUUUGAAACUUUAUAUACCUAAAUAAAAAAAGAAAAGAAAAAUAUUCGAGCGAAGAGGAAAAAAGCGAUGGAUGAAGAAUCCUUCUGCGCGAUUUUUCAUGUAUAUUUUUUUACAUUUUUUUUUAUCCCUGAUUCAUCGAAUAUUUGUUUUCUUUUUUUUUCUUACAAAUUAUUACCGUCCAUUUUAUUUUCACAAAAAAAGAAAAGAUGUGAAAUUUUUAGACCCUUAUUUUUUUUUAUUUUGUCUUAAAGUAUUUAACAGUUUUAUUUUUUUUUUCUUAACAUAAGAAACACGCAAUAGAUGGAAGAGAGAUAGAAGAAAGUAUUAUGGUGAAAAUGAGAAUCACAUUUUUUUGUCACUUAAAUUUAAAGUUUAAUAAAAACGAACUCGAAUUAAGACUUUUUAAGGAUGAAGCAUAAAUAAGACGAUAAAAAUGAAGGAGGAAGGAAGGGAAGGAUAUUUUUUUAACAUUCAGUCUCUACAAUUUUUUUUGUUAAAUCCUUUUGAAUCUCAUGUAGAAAGCCACACUUUUCAGAUAUUCUGAGAAAUGCGCAUUUUAUCAAAAAUUUUACAUUACAUUCCACAAAUUGCAUUACAAAAAAUGCUUCCAGUUAAAUUUAACUUUUUCCUCUUUUUUUCUACAUUUUCCGUUCAAUUUAAUAUUAAAAAAACGGAAAAAACAAAGAAAAUCACCAACAAGGAUCACUUUCAAAAUUUUCUCGAGUCUUCUCACGGUGACACUUCCAUUUAUUUCACAUUUAGUUUGAAUAUUUCUUUCUUUAUAAAAAAAUGUGUAUAUAUUUCAUUUGAAUUUACUGAAGACGAGAAAAUCUAUCAACUAUUGAAAUCUGUAAUGUUAGAGAGAACCUCAUUGUAGAAGGGUCGUGCCUUAUAAUACAAGAUUGUGAAAAAAAAAUCUAUCCUUUAGACGCUGGAAGUGAUUCUUGAAUUUAUUUUUUGAUUGGGAUUUUCAUAUCUUCAUGGUUUUCACAAAUUUUUUUCUCCUCAAUUUUUCCUUUAAUUGGAAUCAAAAGCAAUUAAUAUCAUUUAUAGAUAAAAAAAACUUCUUUAGCCCUUUCUUUUUUGCAAAUCUAAUUAAAUAAAAAAUUCCCACUUUACUCGCACAAAAAUGCGUGUGGGAAAUAAAAGAUGAAAAAUAUUUGUGCAAGAAAAUCCAUUGGAAAAUAGUGGUCGUCAAAAGCAGAGUACUCGUUAAAAUUAGUUUUUUUUGUCUUGUAGAUUUUAAGAAAAAGAAAAGAAAGUAAAGAGAAAUCUCAAUUUUUGUACAAAAAAAAUAGAAACGUACGAAAUAAAGAAUUAAAACAAAUUAA